UCAGAACAUUUCGUUUGCCGGCUUUUCUCGGGAGGAAACUUUCUUAAGGCACGAACAUCGGGGUAGAAAUACGUUUAGAAGAUAGCAUUAACCAGAUUCUUUUCCUGCAGGUUGCAAGAUGUUCCAUUUGCUUGUUCUCGCUUUGGUUGUGGCCGUUGCAACGGCACAAGAGCCGGCAAACUGCAGAUGCGGCGCCUUCAUCACUCUUGACUCCGUCGAGAAGAUGCUUUACGAGCUCCCUCCCCUCGACAUGGGCGGCUGUGACCAGCACACCAAAUGCCGCAACCGCUGCUUCAAGGAGUUCGAGGAGCUGUCUGGAGGAGGAGACCUGGACUACAUUAGCUCCGACGGUGUGACGCCCGUCGGACAGAUCUUGUGCACGGCAUCCGAACGACCAGUCCAUAACGAAUACGUGUACGCCUAUUCGGAGCUGUGCGACGGCCCCUGGGAAUGGACAGGCGACCAGACCAUGCAGCCUCUGUGCUGCAACAAGGAUCAUGAGUACCAUCCUUGCCCCGAGUAGGGAGCGGGCGAAAGGCAAGCCAGGCCCACAUGGCCGACGUUCUAGUGCUUGCUGAAGACUGCUUUAAGACCUGUCUAUUUUAAUAAACUAAGAAGAGUUA